ACCUGAGCAUAGAUGUAAACCUCUUCAGCACAAGAGAGAGGGGAGAGGGAGAGAGCAAUGGAGUUCGCAAAGAGGAAGUCGAUGGCUCUGUCUGCCUUGGCGAGGGAGGGAAUGGACAAAUCCCCAAAGGGCUCACUCGACGUGCCCAUAAUCCCACUCCUCGACGCCAUCAACGCCCAUCCUUCCUACUUCACCACUAGCUCCUGCUCGGGAAGGAUCUCCAUCCUCUCCCACGCCGCCCCUAACGACCAGAGCAGCCACAAGAAUAAGAAGAAGAAGAAGGCAGGAGAUUGGGUUUUCAUUACCCAUGAGUUCGCUGACCCGGAGACCGUCUCCAGCCUGCUAUUCAACCCACCUUCCUCUUCCGAUGACAGUCACGACACCAUGGUCUUUCGCUUCGAGCCUUUCAUUCUUGCGGUCGACUGUAUCGACGUUACCUCUGCUCAUUCUCUGGUUGCCAUGGCCAUUUCUUGCGGUUUCAGAGAGUCGGGGAUAAGCAGCGUGAGCAAGAGGAUCAUGGUGGCGAUUCGGUGUUCGAUACGGCUAGAGGUGCCCUUGGGGGAGAUGGGGAGGAUGAUGGUCUCGCCCGAGUACGUUAGAUACCUGGUCGGGAUUGCCAAUGAGAAGAUGGCUGCCAACAGGAAGCGGACGGAUGCUUUCCUUGGCCUGUUCACGGCCUCCAAGGGUCCGGCUGAUGUAAGCCCAUUGGGAAAUGAUGAUAAACAGACAGAAUGCAUGGAAGAAGGAAAUGUUUUGGAUCUCGAGGCAAGACAACUCAAGUCCCUAUCAAGUGCAGCUGCAGCCGAACAGGAUGCCCCAUACAUCGUGGUGUCCAAAGUCUACACCAUGAAAAGGGUAACUCUGACGACAACCAUGACAACAAAGAAUUCAAAUCAUGUAAGUAUGACUGGGUCAUCAAGCACCGAUAGGUGCUCCGUUUCAGCUAACAAAAUGAAGAUACUUGACCUGCCUGUGGGAAAACUCUUCCGCUGGGGUCACUCAGCUAGCUUAUUAAAUGACUCAGACAGCAGAAGGAUUUUGGUCUUUGGUGGUUUUGGAGGCGUAGGCAGACAUUCAAGGCAAAAUGACUCAUUGCUGUUAGACCCAAGAACUGGCAUGUUAAAAGUACUUCAUGCAGUAGGUCCUCCUUCUCCACGUAUUGGACACACAUCUUCGGUCAUUGGUAACCACAUGUUUGUCAUUGGCGGGAGGGGUGACCCUACACAAAUUUUUAGUGAUGUAUGGGUCCUCCAUACAGAGGAGAGUAGAUGGGAGAUUCUAUCAUGUACUGGAAGUGUUUUUGGUCCGAGGCACCGCCAUGCAGCUGCUGUUGUGGAUACAAAAGUAUAUGUGCAUGGUGGCCUUUACCAUGAACUGAUCUAUCCGUGCGUGCAUGUCCUUGAUACAGAAACAAUGCAAUGGACUGAAAUUGAUACCAAAGGGGAGCAACCAUGUGCUCGGCAUUCCCAUUCAAUGGUGGCGGCAGGUUCACAAUUAUUUAUGUUUGGAGGAUAUGAUGGAGAAACAGCACUGGGAGAUCUUUAUAGUUUUGAUACCAACAUUUGUCUCUGGAAGAAAGUGAAAACUACAGGAAGAAAUCCUUCUGCAAGAUUCUCGCAUUCAAUGUUCAUCUACAAAAGGUAUCUAGGAAUAGUUGGUGGAUGUCCUGUUACAAAGCAGCUUCAAGGGAUUUUUUUGUUUGAUCUGCAAACUCAUGUAUGGAAGCAUGUAGAAACUGGGUUUGUUAAUUAUCCUAUGCUUGUUCGUAGUACAGUGAGCAUUGUGGGAGAUGAUCUAGUUAUGGUUGGUGGUGGAGCAUCAUGUUAUGCAUUUGGAACAAAAUUCAAUGAACCAAUGCAAGUAGAUUGUUGCUUGUUGACUUCUUUGGCUUCUGACAGACAUGCUGAUAGUGUAGCAGUUAAGCCUCUGACAAACCCUGAAGAGACAAAGGUGGGUAAUGGCACUGCUGUUGCUGGUCUUAAGGGAUUGACAGAUGAUGAGAAUUUACAUUAUAACGCAUGUGCACAUGCUACUAAUGGAAAUCCAAGGGCAUUCCAUGACCAAAGGAUAGCGAAAGAUACAGUUGAAAUGAAACCUAAAAAGUGGGCUUUACAGAUUCAAAGAAGAUAUGCUAAACUUGGGAAGGAUAUAGUGAAAAAAAUUGGAUGGUUGGACACUGGGAGGAAGGUUUACAAAACUGAAGAUGAACAAAUUGUAUUCCUUCCAGUUACUGAAAAAUGUCACACCUGGUUUUUGGAGAAGGUUGCUUGUUCAGAUAACUUGGUUGAAAGUCCAAAGGCCAGUGAUUCUAUGGCCUUCUGUAUGGCAAAGGGUUUUUCACUUGAUGGGGCUUCUUUACCUGAGCUGCAGAAUCUUCUGCUAGCUUGUGGUGCUUCUUUGGUAGAGGAUGACAUUGCGCUGAUGAGAAGGCAACCAAGGUCCCCACAGAAGAUACUGAGGGAAGCAGUAAUGUCAUUGAUACACCAGAAAGGCUUGCCUACAAACCUUCUAGAACAGUUGCCAAGUAGGUGGGAGCGGCUUGGUAAUAUAGUUGUACUUCCAUCCUUGGCUUUUAAUCACAAGAUCUGGGAUUCUGUUAGUGCUGAGCUUUGGCCCAUAGUUGCAAGUUCUCUAGGUGCUGUGCGCCUUGCUCGUCAGGGGAAAGUUGCAGCAACUGGAACAAGAGAUAGUACCUUAGAGAUCCUGGUGGGUGCCAAUGGCUGGGUCGAUCAUCAUGAGAAUGGAAUAUUCUAUUCUUUUGAUUCAACACAAUGUAUGUUUUCAUGGGGAAAUUUGUCAGAAAAGCUUCGCAUGUCUAAGUUAGACUGCAGGAAUGAAAUCAUUGUUGAUUUGUUUGCUGGAAUUGGAUAUUUUGUGCUGCCUUUCCUGGUGAAAGCUGGUGCAAAACUGGUUUAUGCAUGUGAAUGGAACCCUCAUGCUUUGAAUGCUCUGCGGAAGAAUGUUGCAGCAAAUUUUGUUUCAGACAGAUGUAUAAUCCUUGAUGGAGAUAACCGUAUUGUGGCACCACAAGGUGUUGCUGAUCGUGUCUGCCUUGGUUUGCUCCCAACCAGUGAGGAUAGUUGGCCUACUGCUGUUCGAGCUUUAAAGCCUCAGGGUGGUGUACUGCAUGUGCAUGGAAAUGUGAAGGACUCAGAAGAGGAUUCGUGGUCACUCUAUGUGGUUCAGUCAAUACAGGAAAUUGCAAAAUCUGAAGGCCGUCAGUGGCAGGUACAGCUGGAACAUUUAGAACGUGUAAAAUGGUAUGCUCCACAUAUACGCCAUCUUGUUGCAGACAUAAAGUGUAGCCUGGCUUUGUGCUGAGGGGGGCUAUACCUCUCAAUCUGAACUGGCUCAAGGCUCAAGAGGAAACUGAAGCUGAGGUUGAACUAGCAUGUCAAGCUUGUUCCGAAACAACCGAUUUUUCACUGUCAUGGUCAUCUUACUGUGCGAAAAUGUGUCUGUUCUUAUGCCCUAAGAAGGUUGUCUGCUGUACUUAAGGUCCAUAUAAUCUGUUGGGAACGUCUCUCUGUUGGAAGAUUAAUUGAAGAUUUUGAAUCUUCCAUUUUGGGUAGGUUGCACAUUUAGGAGUAGCUGGAUAAUGGAAUGUUAUCAAAUUAGAAUAUGAAAAAUGUAUUUAUGUGGUUUCCUCAAUAAUGAAAUGUUUAGUAGAUUAAUGGUA